AUGCUUCUGCUUCGGAUCCAUCCUCGGAUCCUGCUUAUCCCCCACAAAAUUUCUCCAGAUAUACAAAAUUCAGCCUUAAACUCUUCUACAGUUUGCCACGCAUGGUCAGAGACGCAGAAAAAUUUUGCUUCUCUUCCACUCAUUUCACCUGUCAAUCAUUUUUCCUCUCUCCCUACCAUACUUCUCCGUGUACAGUACUCCACUACGCAAAUUUUCGAACAUCUGUAAUUUCGUCAAAAUGUCCCGAAAAAUUUCGAACAAAAUAUUUUUAAACUCAGCUCGACGAGGGCUUUCGAAUGAUAUCCAAUUUGCCCUAUCUAUCUUUAUUUUCAAAAAAAUAAUUUUUUUUAGCGGAAAUUUUGGC